AUGAGCAGGCACGAGACGUAUUUGAAACUGAUAAAAAAGGACCUGCCUGUAUUCAAUGUUUGCCAUGGCGACGAUAUUAAGGACAGGAUAGCCACGCAGCAGGAGUUGGAGCUGAUGUCCAAAGUGGACCAUCUGGUGCUCAACUAUCUGAUAUACGAGGGCUACAUCAACGCGGCGCGCGACCUGGCCAAAGAACUCGGGUUUGACUUUAUUUCAGACGCAUUGGAAAAGGACGUCUUGUUGCAGCCCAUUGAGACGUCCGAACUGGGCCCCGACGACGAUUUCGACGUGGAGGCGUUUUUCUCAGCAAACGAGAUCCAGAAAAACAUAUACGACUCGUACAAGCAGCUGAUCGGCCACUACGACGAAGACCCGGGCCACGACCUCGCAUUCUACAAACGGCUCAGUUUCGGGCUCUCGUCCAUCAAGUCCAGAAACGAGAUUAAAUUGCACAUUCUGAACGGACAGAUAGAAGAGGCGGUGGUGCUCAUCAACAAGAAUUUCCCCAGUCUGUUCGAGAAGAACCAGUUUAUCUACUUCAAGCUGCUGCAUUUGAACCUGAUCGAGAUCAUCCGGACCCAGUUUGCCGGGCCUCCCGAAAAAUGUCUGGACGAGAAGCAGUUUCUGGACCGCGUGCUGCACUUUAUCUCCAGCAAGUUGUCGACGCUGAAAAUCCUGCAGAACAAAGACUUUGUGCAGGAGCUGGAGCUGACUAUGGCGCUGCUGUGUUUUGGCAAACGGCUCCGCCAGCCAGACAUGGAGGGCGUUCCGGUCAAGCUGAAGAGUUUACUGAACCUGAAGGUGCGAGGCAAGGUGGCCGACCUAGUGAACAAAUCGAUCCUGCUCAACGUGAACAACUGCGAUCUCGACGCGCUCAGCCAGGAAAAUCAGUGGUAUCUCACCAAAAUCAGCGAUAAGAAAAACGGAGUCGAGCCGGGUGCGGCUGAAGCACUGGACUCGCGAUUCGAGCAGGUGGAAAACUCCAAGCUGCGCCAGUUGAUGUCUGUUGCGUCGUGGCUGUGCGAGGUAAACGACGAGGAUUUUGCGAGCCUGAUAAAGGAGAUGUUAGAUAAAUAG